AUGGCGAUCACCAAGAUCCACGCUCGUUCGGUCUACGAUUCUCGGGGAAACCCUACCGUCGAGGUCGAUGUUGUCACCGAGACUGGUCUCCACCGCGCCAUCGUCCCCUCCGGCGCUUCCACCGGCCAGCACGAGGCUGUUGAGCUCCGCGACGGAGACAAGAGCAAGUGGGCUGGAAAGGGUGUCCUCAAGGCUGUUGCCAACGUCAACGAUAUCAUCGGCCCUGCUCUCAUCAAGGAGAACAUCGAUGUUAAGGACCAGCCAAAGGUCGACAACUUCCUGAUCAAGCUUGAUGGAACCCCAAACAAGGGCAAGUUGGGGGCCAACGCCAUCCUUGGCGUCAGUCUGGCUGUUGCCAAGGCUGCCGCUGCUGAGAAGCAAAUCCCUCUCUUCGCUCACAUCUCCGACCUUGCCGGCACCAAGAAGCCAUAUGUUCUCCCCGUUCCUUUCAUGAACGUUCUCAACGGAGGAUCCCACGCUGGUGGACGCCUGGCCUUCCAGGAGUUCAUGAUUGUGCCAUCUGCUGCACCAACCUUCUCUGAGGCAUUGCGCCACGGUGCCGAGGUCUACCAGAAGCUGAAGACACUCGCUAAGAAGAAGUAUGGACAAUCUGCGGGUAACGUUGGUGACGAGGGUGGAGUUGCUCCGGAUAUCCAGACCGCUGAGGAGGCUCUUGAGCUCAUCACCGAGGCUAUUGAGGCGGCUGGAUAUACCGGCAAGAUGAACAUUGCCAUGGAUGUCGCUUCCAGCGAAUUCUACAAGGAGGAUGCUAAGAAGUACGACUUGGACUUCAAGAACCCAGACAGUGACCCAACCAAAUGGAUCACCUACGAGCAGCUCGCCGAACAGUACCAGACCCUUGCCAAGAAGUACCCAAUCGUCAGCAUUGAGGACCCAUUUGCUGAGGAUGACUGGGAGGCGUGGAGCUACUUCUACAAGACCUCCGACUUCCAGAUUGUCGGUGAUGACUUGACUGUCACCAACCCCAUCCGCAUCAAGAAGGCUAUUGAGCUCAAGUCCUGCAACGCUCUCCUGCUCAAGGUCAACCAGAUCGGUACACUUACCGAGUCUAUCCAAGCUGCAAAGGACUCCUAUGCUGCUGGCUGGGGUGUCAUGGUUUCCCACCGCUCCGGCGAGACUGAGGAUGUUACCAUUGCUGACAUUGUCGUCGGUAUCAGAGCUGGACAAAUCAAGACUGGUGCACCCGCUCGAUCUGAGCGUCUGGCCAAGUUGAACCAGAUUCUGAGAAUAGAGGAGGAGCUCGGCGACAAGGCUAUCUAUGCCGGCGAGAAAUUCAGAACUGCCGUCAACUUGUAA